GCAUUUAGGAAAUUAAUGUUAAAAAUCUGUAACAUUGAACAAAAAGAACCGACAUCCUGAUGUGGUAUCAGUGUAAUAUUAGUUUAUUUAGUGCUUUUAAGAUGUCUGUAACAGGUGAUACACAUGGAUUAGAGCGAUAUAAGGAUAAUGCUUGUGUAUUGCUUGGCGCAGGCAAUCGACAGAAACUCUCAUUCUGCGAGCUUAUGAAUGCGUAUUAACAGAAAUUUAAUUUCUUAACGCAUCUUACCACCCUAUCAAGAAGAUAACUACAGCACGGAUGGAAAACGGUAUAAAAUAAGUAUUUAUCAUGGCGACCAUAAACUCCUCGACAAACCUAACAGACGAGAGUUCUGGGUAUUAUGCCCAGCUUAUACCAAUCGCGGUGUUGAUUGCCUUCGUUAACGGCGUCGUAUUUGUGCUUUACGCCAAAGACAAACAUCUAAGAACACCAGCUAAUUAUUUGCUGUUCAGUUUGGCAGUAUGUGACUUUAUGACAGGGCUUAUUAAUAUUCCUCUAUUCAUUAUUGUGUUCACAAGAGUAUUUGCUCCUCAACCUGGCAAGAUUUUCGGAUUUUUCGUGGUAGUUCUGCAUAAUAUGGUAAUAGUUUCAGUGGUUUACCACAUCUUCUUAACAACCGCCGAAAGAUAUUUUUCAAUCGUUCACCCGUUUCGUCACCGAUGGAAGAUAACAAAGGGUACAGUUUUGAAGAUUAUUCUUGUUAUUUGGUUGGCUGCCAUCGUGAUAGCUUUCCUGCCUAUCGUGUGGUUUCAUAGGUUCAUUUACUUUCAAGAGAACAUUUCAUCUGUAACUCUACAGAUACAAACGGGUCAUAAUAUAUUCUGUAUGGUUUUUGUGUUUCUUUUGCCAUAUACUGUUAUGGUAUAUUUACAAGUUAUUAUGUUCAGAAAUAUUCGGAGAAGGUCCUUUAAGUUUGGCAAACAAGAAAGAUUAAGCUGUACUGCAGUAAACCGAAAAGUUAACAGCAUGAAGCGAAGUCUGAUCAUUUUCGCGCUCAUGGCUUUUUUUUAUGCUGUUUGUUGGUUUCCUUGGUAUGUGGUCAGCCUCCUCAUCAAUCUCUGGUUUCCUCUUAGUUACGAAGCACAGAUUGUUCUUUCGAAGUUUGCUCAUACAUUUGUCAUAAUAAGGUAUUAUGCUUCCAUUGUCAAUCCGGCCCUUUAUAUAUUUCUUAAAAGGGACUUCUUCGCGUCUUUAAAGUCCAUCGUUCUACGACGUACACCAAAAAGAACAAACAACAGUCAAGCCACAAGUUUGAUCACGGAACGCACAGUUAAUAGAGAAUAUGCUCUAGGCCUGUUAACGGGGCAGGAUAAAGAAGCACUAUAGAAUCUUUCGGUGGUUUAGAACU